AUGCGUCUGCGUCCCACUCCCACGAUGAUCCGAGCCGCGAUGGCCCUGCUGCUGCUGCUGCUGCUGCUGACGGCCGCACUGAGCAGCUCUCCUCCGGGGAUCACGGGAGAUCACGUCACGGGAGAUCACGUCACGAAUCUGAACCACCGGCCGAUCAUCGGUAUUUUGGCCCAAGAAAACCUCCAAGAAGACCGCUCCCCACAGGGCACCUCCUACAUCGCAGCCUCUUAUGUCAAGUACUUAGAAAGUGCUGGAGCCAGAGUGGUCCCCAUAAGAAUAAACAGACCAGAAGAGGAGUAUGUAAAACUGUUCGCCUCUAUCAAUGGGCUUCUGCUGCCAGGGGGCGACGUCGACAUUGAGACUUCUCAGUGCACACAGGCGGCAAAGACUUUCUACAAGUUGGCAGUCCAGGCAAACGAGGCGGGGGACUACUUCCCAGUGUGGGGCACCUGCCAAGGCUUCCAGCAGCUCAGUGUGCUGACCGCGAAGAGGAACCUGCUCACACGGACCGACACGGAGGCUGUCGCACUACCACUUACCCUCAGCUCAGAUGUUCAAAGGAGUCGGCUUUUCAGACAUUUCCCAAAGAACCUUCUCCACUCUCUCACGCAUGAAAAUGUUACUGCCAACUUCCACCAAUGGAGCCUGACUGUGCAGGAUUUCAACAAUAAUCCACUCCUCAAGAGGUUUUACAAGAUCCUGUCGACCAACACCGAUGGAAAAGUGCAAUUCAUCUCCACUAUGGAAGGUAACCAGUACCCAUUCUACGGUGUGCAGUGGCACCCAGAGAAGGGCCCCUUUGAGUGGAUCGACAAACCUGGCAUCGUCCACUCUGCUGCGGCCGUCCAGAUCUCCUUCCACAUGGCCAGCUUUUUUGUGUCUGAAGCCAGGAAAAACCAGCACAAGUUUUCCAGUGAACAGGAAGAAGAGACGGCUUUGAUCUACAAUCACAUCCCACAUUACAAAAAAAACUUUUACUUUGUACAGAACUACUAUUUUGACUGA